CCCCACAUGUCACUUUGUGACAGCGUGAUUUACUAAAUCUGGAGAACACUUGUACAAGACACAACAUCGGGAGAUAUCGUCCUCGGCACUCAGGGAUGACUCCGGGAACACACAAACGGCGCCGCUGGGGAGCGAACUCAGGACCUCUCACAUCCUGAGCCAACCAGACCAACGGUUUCACCGCUAGGCUAUGUUACCUUUGGGCUUUGGCUGAAUGCAUGUAUUUUUUUCCGGUAAUUGUAUGCAUGUAUUUUAUUAUUGUAAAAUUAUUUCACAUUUUUCUAUUCAUUUGAUGAGCCGCGUACUAAACACGUAAAUCUUGUAUAAUACGUUUCAAUAAUUAACUUAAAAAAAUAAAUAAUUAAAUUUUCAAAAUUCAUGAAUUUGAUCGAUCUACAUAUAGACUAUAGAUUAAAUAUACAAUGCAGCCAACAUCCUCUAACUUGGAAUCGGAUGGCAUAUAUACAUUCUCCUUUAAUAGUUUCCUCCAUUAGUCGAAUGGUGGAAUUGGUGAUUGCUAUACAUAGGGAGAAUGAUGAUUUCUUAAGAGCAUGUUGCAAAGGGUGACACAAAAUUAGGGUUUCUUCCUCUCUACAGCUUCUGUGGAGAGGAGGAGGGGGCUGGAGAACUCCCAAUACCCUCUUUUUCAUUUUACAAUCUCCGAUCAAAAGAUCACCCCAUUUUCGAUCUUUUCGAAUGAUCUUGUGUCAAUUUUCGAAUAAAAGUUACAAUACUCAUUUGUAUUAUGCAUAUAAGUUUUUAGAGGAAAACAAAAAAAAAAGAGUUUUUUCAAUCUAUAACAGUGUCUUUUUGUUUGAUUUCAUUUCCAGUUAUUAAUUUUCGAGCACAUUCCAUCAAUUGAAUUCUUAUUUGCAAGAAGAAUUAGUCGAUCGAGGGUGUGUGUAGAUCAUGAUGAUGGGAACCAAAGCAAUGCAAGACGGGUUUCAUCACUUGAAGCCAAAGGAUUUUCUGCGGUUAUGGUUGUGCAUGGCACCCCAGCAUUGCAUGGUCGUGGCCGGGUCCAACACAAUCAGGAAUCACCAGGCUAACGAGUCUCUGUUAGCCAGGGGUUCACGAUUGUCAGACGACGAAGCAGGUGGACGAUCUUCGUCAUCGUUGGUCCCGAAAGGAUUCAUAGCAGUAUACGUGAGCCCAGAGCAAAGAAGGUUCGUGAUCCCCAUGACUUGUUUGUCGAUGCCUGAGUUUGUGGUGUUGAUGGAUAAGGUGGCGGAGGAAGUCGGGUUCGAGACCGUUGGAGGGCUUCAUUUCCCGUGCGAGGAGGAAGAGUUUAAAGAGAUAUUGAUGAGGUGUUUGAGAAUGCACAAGAUGAUUGCCAAGGGGAAAAGGAGGAGAAGAUCAAGCUCUAAGGUUUGGAAUCAUUAAUCAAUUGAUGAAUGUGUGUCGUUGUUUUUUAUUUGAAUGGGGGAUGGUGGUGGUGGCGUGUUUUUUUAGUUAACAUCUCAUCUCCAAAGCUACAAUAUACAUAUGUAGCCAUACCAUCGAUGGCUUGACCAAUGUAACAUCAUAUACCAUUUUUUUUUCGAAACUGGACAUUGAUAUGCUUGUUUUAAACGCAACAUCAAUGUCCUGUUUUGUUCUAAAUGGAAUAUGUAUUAUCUCGUACCUCACAAGAUUAUCGUUGGUCUCAAUAUUUGAACAUAAGAUGUGAUGAAUGAGUCUCGCAUGAAAUGGUUUCAAUUAUUAUCCAAAAAUCUUCAACGAACAUAUUGUGUAACAUCCUGAACCUUUUUCCCGGCGAAGAUAUUGUUUGCUUUGGGCCUCGCCCCUCACGGUUUUUGCCUUAGGGUGCAAUUCAAGGUGACUUCCCAUAAGGUCACCCAUCCUUGUUGUACUCCACACUGAGCACAUUUAACUUCGGAGUUCUCACAAGAACUCCUCCAUUUCACCCCAAAACACGUCUUGUCAGUUAGGAUAUCGGUUUCUUACUUAUUAACCAUGGAUCUCUCCCGUGCUUUGUCAAUGUGGUAUUUGGCUAAGAUAUUGUCAGUUUUGGGCCUCUCCCUUCACGGUUUUUGCCUUGGGGUGCAAUUCAAUGUGACUUCUCAUAAGGUCACUCAUCCUUGUUGUACUCCACACUGAGCACAUUUAACUUCGGAGUUCUCAUAAGAACUCUUGCAUUUCACCCCAGAACGCAUCUUGUCAGUUAGGAUCGGUUUCCUACUUAUGAACCAUGAAUCUCUCCCGUGUUUUGUCGAUGUGGUAUUUGCCUAAGGUGUUACAUACCCCCCCCCCCCCACCACUCGGGACUCAAUGCCCUCGUUGAGGUUUGCUCCACCAUCGUUCAAGAGGGGCUCUGAUACCACUUGUAACAUCCCAAACCUUUUCCCGACGAAGAUAUUGUCCGCUUUGGGCCUCGCCCCUCAUGGUUUUUGCCUUGGGGUGCAAUUCAAGGUGACUUCCCAUAAGAUCACCCAUCCUUGUUGCACUCCACACUGAGCACGUUUAACUUCAGAGUUCUCACAAGAACUCCUCCAUUUCACUCCAAAACGUGUUUUGUCAGUUAAGGUCGGUUUCUUACUUAUAAACCACGGAUCUCUCCCGUGCUUUGUCAAUGUGGGUUUUGCCUAAGGUGUUACGUGCGGGACAUGAUACUAUGCACAUCGGGGAGUUCAAGGUAUACAAAAAAUGAUCAAUAUUUCUAACUUAGAUAACUGUUACUAGGGCUGCAGAUUCGAUUUCGAAUUUUUGGUUUAAUCGAAACUGAGUCGUUUACGCGCUCUUAUUGGUUUCCCUUAACAGUUACAAAUUGAUAUAUAAUGUAAAUGAUUUUGGUUUCAGCUAAGAAAGUAAUAACCUUUAAGAACCGAUAAGAAACUUAUAUAAGAUCUAUUGUCCCACCAAACCGUUGGGAGACUUAUAAGUUUUUCUCGUUUUUUUUCAUACGGAAACAAAACCGUUGAGAGACUUAUCUGUUUUCGGGAACCGAUAACCCUAAUCAUUACACGUUUGAAGCUUAACUACGAAAGAGUAGUUACGUUGGUCAAUAGCUAGCAAACGAUUAGAAGUAUUUGAGCUAGCUAGCUAGCUAGUAAAGAGUCACGAUCUAUAUACAUAUAUAAUAUUGUGUUGUGUCCUACUUGGUUCGAGAAACUGCUGCUGGUGGUGGUGAAUUAUACGGAUUAUCGAUCAUCGUCGCACAUCAGAUUAGCAAAUCUCUGCGAUCGAUGCACAAGAUCAGAGUAGUUGACACUGAGAAAUUAACAGCUAGAAGCUUGCAUUUGCGGAUGCACAUGGGUUUCAACUGCACAAUCCAAAUUGCACUGACCACGAAUCAGCGAGCAGCUAGCUACCAUGCAGCAGGAGAUCGAUCCAUCAACUCCUGCUGCGAUCAGGACAAGUUGGAGUAGUUAUUAUUUCUACUGAUUUAAUGCCAGAGAAACCACCAAUAAUUAUACAUGAAAACAUAUAUUAAUUAAUUGGUAGUGCAACAAAACAACAGAAAACAAAGUCAGAAAUCUUUUGCUUCACUGACAUGCAUAUGGGACAGGAGGGUACUAAUUAGUUAUUACAGUUAGAUUUUUAAUUGACCAAGUUGAGGUAGCUCAAUAUAUAUAUAUGAUGGCUUUAUGUACUCCGAUUAAUUUCAAUUACCGCAAAAUGUUAUAUACUUAAAUACAUUAAAUUAAUCAAUUUGAAAAAAGUCAUAAAAAAUUAAUCGAUUUGAAAUAUGGUACUAUAUUGUAAAUCCUAAAUAAUACACUCUACGUCCUAAUUCUCUUAACUCUAAACACUAAUAUGCUUUUUUUUCUUCUUCAUUGGUGUUAAUUUUAAAGUUCGAAUAUAGGAUGUGAUGGAUGUUCCCAUCCCAUUAUUACUAGGGCUGUUAAUGAACCAAGCCACUCAUGAACGGCUUGGUGUGUGACUCGAGAAAAACUAGUUCGACACUCGAUUCGUUUUAAUCGAGCCGGCUCGCGAACAAGCUCGUUAACUAAACGAGCCGAACUCGAGCCAUACCAUGUUCAGCUCGAAAGCUCGCGAACAAGCUCAUUUAAUGGUUUGACAUAAAAAAAAGAUUAGUAUUCAUGGAUUUUAUAUAUUGAAAUUGGGAUAAAUAUUGUGUUUUACUUUGCUAGACUUUGUUACAGGUUAGAAUGUAAUUUUGUGCACAGUUCUAGGUCAAUCUUGAGCUAUCAUGAACAUUUUAUGAGCUGAACUCGAAUUUGGGCUCGUUAAGCUUAUUUGACGAGCCGAGCUCAAGUCGAGCUCGAGCUUUCAUUUUCAUAAACGAGCCGAGCUCGA